CCCUUUUCACCAAAUCUAACAAUUCUUCAAAUACAUUUGAAAACUCCAUCGUUCUUGCUCUGUUUCUGAAUUUCAUUUCUUCCCUUUUUAUUCACAUUUUCCGCCAUGAAAAUUUCUUAAAACCCAUUAAAAGAGCCACCCUUUUCUCCAAAUCUGAGAUUUUUGAACUCACAUUUGACUAAUUGAAACUCUGUUUUUGCAAAGUUUCCAAAUAUGGUUUCGCUAGAAAAUUCUCAUUCUCAUGUUUCUUCUACUACCCAUUACUCCCAAACACGGCCUUAUUACUAUACUCCACCGCCGUCCUCCGCCAAAGUUCACCGACGUUCAAUCGGCCGGUCCAUGCGCACUAUCCGGUCCAAUUUGUACCAAACCGACUACGAAAACUCCGGUCCGGUUUAUGAGAACCUUACAGAUUCCGUCGUUGAUUUUCGCCUUACUGAGCUAGCGAAGAAGCCGCCGGUUGAUAAAUCUUCUUUUUCCGAUGUGGAAUUUCUGGAAAUUUCCCAUACUUUCAGUGAUUUCUCGGCGUAUAGCAGUGAUAUUUCCGGUGAGUUGGAACGUUUAGCUUACAUCCCAAAUUCGGAUCCGAAUCAGAGCUCCGUUAGUGAACCUGAACCGGAACCGGAACCUUGUGUAGGGUUUCUGCAGCGGGAGACGUUUUCGACAGAGAUAAUGGAAAGCAUUGAGCCGGAGGAUCUUCAGCCGACGGUGAAACUCUGCGUCGACAGUUUACAGUCACCGUCGGUUGCCGUGAAAAGAUCGGCGGCGGAGAAAUUGAGGUUUUUAGCUAAAAAUCGAGCUGAUAAUCGAGCUUUAAUCGGAGAGUCUGGUGCUAUUCCGGCAUUGUUACCACUUCUCCGGUGCUCCGAUCCACGGACUCAGGAACACGCUGUAACAGCUCUUCUCAAUCUGUCGCUUCACGAACCGAAUAAAACCUUAAUUACAAACUCCGGGGCGAUAAAAUCUUUGAUUUACGUGUUGAAAACGGGCACUGAAACUUCGAAACAGAAUGCAGCUUGUGGGUUGCUAAGCUUAGCUUUGAUAGAUGAGAAUAAGUUAUCCAUUGGUGCUUGUGGUGCUAUUGCCCCAUUAGUGGCGCUGUUAAUAAACGGGACGAAUCGGGGAAAGAAGGAUGCUCUAACGACGUUGUAUAAGCUAUGCACGGUGAGAUUGAAUAAAGAACGGGCGGUGAGUGCUGGUGCUGUGAAACCAUUGGUGGAGUUAGUGUGUGAGGAGGGAACAGGGUUAGCUGAGAAGGCUAUGGUGGUGUUAAGUAGCUUAACAGGUAUCGAGAUGGGGCAAGAAAGUAUAGUUGAGGAAGGAGGAAUUGCUGCACUUGUGGAAGUGAUUGAAGAUGGAUCGGAUAAAGGGAAGGAAUUUGCAGUGAUGACUCUUUUGCAGCUAUGUGUUGAUGGUGUAAGGAAUAGAGGACUUCUUGUUAGGGAAGGAGGAAUCCCUCCUCUCGUCGCCUUGUCGCAGACCGGAACUGCUAAAGCUAAGCACAAGGCAGAAACAUUACUGACAUACUUGAGGGAAUCAAGACAAGAAGCUUCUACUUCAACUCCUUAGCGAGGUAGCUUAGACGGUCUUCUACAUUUGAGUAUUUUCUGUUUAUAGGAAGCGAUUUGAAGAGUUUGUACAGAGUGGUUUAUAAAUUUAGAAGUUCAUGACAUAUGUCAAGGUAAUCAAGAAAAUAAAUAUCAAGUUAGUUUAAGGAAACUGACCUAUUUAGGUAAAUUUUUAACCAAGUUAUUACAUAGGAGCUGGCAAGGGUGGUGGGAAGGGUUCUCAUGUCCCUUUUGAAUUAUUAUCUGUCAGGUUGUUUGGUAAGAAUUUGAUAAUGAUCCCUUAGUUUUGUUUGGGUGGUCCAAAUUCUUCUGAAAGGGUUACUAAUUUUCUUAUUCUUUAGUGUGUAAAAAAGCUACUAUUUCAGUAUGCUUUAGUCUUUUUUGGUUCUUGAACAAUAUGUCCAGUAAUGAGAUAUUUUCUUGAUUUUCUA